AAGAGAUAAACAUUGUGACUAAACAAAAGUCUUUGUUCAUUUUUUUUUCUGGUUAAUUGUUUUCAAUUUUAAUUCUUUUCAAUUUGUUAUAUUGUUUGUUCUUGUGUUUAGGUAAAGUGCUUGGUUCCUGUUGGAAAAAGAAUAAUGGGUUUGAUUAGUGACUGUGAUUCUUAUUUUAGUAGUAAAAAUUUAUAUGAGGUGUUGGGUGUUGAUAAGGAUUCAACUGAUGAAGAAAUUAAAAAGGCUUUCAGGCGAUUAAGUUUAAAAUAUCAUCCUGAUAGAUUUCCUGAUGCUUCUGAAGAUGAAAAGAAAGUGAUCACCUCUAAAUUUCAAGUACUUGCCAAGGUUUCAUUUGUUUUAACGGAUAAAAGUAAACGGGAAAUUUAUGAUGCCAGUGGUGUUAUUCCUGAAGAGGAUAUUGAUGAUGCUGAGGCAAAUUGGCAUGAAUAUUGGAGAUGUUUGUUCCCGGAAAUUUCUACAACUGAUAUUGAUGAAUAUGUUAAAAAUUAUAUUGGCUCAGAAGAGGAGAAAAAUGACCUUAAAGAAUUGUAUCUUCGAUAUGAAGGUGAUCUAGAUCCAAUCUCUGAGUCAAUGAUUGGAUUUGAUGAGAAUCGUCAUCGUACAAUGAUUGAGGAAUUAAUUGAAGAAGAGGAAGUACCAGCUUUCGAUGCUUUUACCAAAGAACCUAAAGCGAAAAGAGCUAAAAGAAUUAAGAAAUCGGAAAGAGAGGCCAAAGCCGCUGAAAGAGAGGCCAAAAAGAAGGAGAAAAAAGGUAAAGGAGGAAAAUCUCCUGAUGAUGAUUUAGUUAAAGCGAUUCAAACUCGACAUAAGCAAAAUUUUACCUCAUUGGUUGACCGAUUGGCAGCCAAAUAUGGUAAUGGAAAGGACAUGGAAGAACCCGAAGAAGAUGAAGAAGAGGAAGAAGAAGAAGAAGAUGAUGACGAUGAUGAAGAUUUUGAAGAAAAGCCCAAAAGUCAAAAGAAACGCAAAUCCACCAAUUCCAGAUCAAAAUCUAAAUCUAAAGUUUAAUUCAAUUGGUUUACUAUUCCAAACAACUAAAACAAAGAGAGAGAGAACGAGAGCGAAAAGAGAGAGAAAAAACAAAAACAAUCCCUUGUUAUAUUUCAUCAUCAUGAGCACAACUACACCAUCGUUGACAACAUUACCCGAACCCAUAGAAUCGACCACAACAAUUGUCCCAAUCGAAGGUGAAUUCUCAUGGUCCGAUAAUGCGAUGACCCUUGGAUUCUCAUCAUUUCUCAUGAUUGGAACAAUCAUUUGGAUCUGUAUUUGGUGUAAAGGUCGAAAAGCAAGAGAAGCAAAUAAACGACGAUCCUCUCGACCUCGAUCAUCAAGCAAAAUACCAUCACCAACUAAGCCAACUGACCGUAAAGAUGACCUUCCAGCCUGCAGCAAGACUCCCUCAUUAGCCUCAAUCCAAUCAACAGGUUCCAAUUAUUAUGAUCAAUUAAUGGGAAGUGGUAAUAUACCCAAAGUUAAAUCAAUCUCACAAUAUGGUGCACUUUUAGCACAACAAGAACCACCUCCACCUUAAUUGUCACCAACAAAACAGAACGAAACAUUUUAAUUGACUCAACUUGCGACAUCGCCACCAAUCAGAUCAAAAUUAUCGCUUCAAUAAUGAUCAACAUUUUGUAAACUUACUGUUACAAAUAUUAAACUUUUCUACAAAAGUAAA